AUGGCUCCGGAUCUGAACAAGGUGCCGACCAACACAGGCAACACGUCGAGCACGCAACCGGCAUCGGGCUCCUUGUCGCGUCAGACAUCGUCACGUCAGGCAUCUACACCGGGCUCUAGGCGAGCAUCACAGAUGGGCCCCCCGCCGCUGCCUCUCGCAUCGCCUGGAGGUACCUUACCACCGCCCCAGUCAGCAUCACAUCAUGUACACGGUUUCCCGCCUCUCAGCCCCAGCGCGAGCGGCUACAUCCAGGCGAGCGUCGACUCAGCAGGCGUCCCCAUGAGACACCCACGCCCUAUGACACAAGCAGAGCUGCACCUUGAGCUCGAGAAGGAGCAGGAAGCAGUCGUCAACCGUCUGACGCGAGAACUUUCGGCUCUACGCGCGCACUCCGCGUCUGUAGCCUCCAACACGUCCAUGUCAAGCGCCGCCGACUCUUCCGUCGCCCACGCCGAAGCUCCAACCGGACCAAUGCAUCCCACAUCCUCGCGCCGCCACCGCAGUUCCUCGAGCGUCUCCCGCAGCGGUCUACCACCAGGCCACGUUCCACACCGUUACUCGAUCUCCUCGCAGCCUGCAACGGGCGAUUCCCAGCGCGGUCACCGCAGCUCGAGCGUCGUCAGCACCCCACGCUACGAAGAAGUGGCACAACACAAAGCGGAGCUGGAGGAGGUCAAAAAGGAAAACGAGGCCUUGAAACAGCGCAUUCGUGAUCUCGAGCGCAUGAUCAGGGGCGGCAAUGACGCUGCUGACGGUCAGAGGGGUCGGAGGGGUGCACCGCAGUCGCAGAGCAGCGGGGUUGGCAACGCUUCUGACACUGUGCAAGUACCUGCUAAUGAGACAGCAGGGGUCCCCUAA